GGAACUGUAAAAACAAAACUAUUGAAAUGUAGCCAUAGAUUUCAUAAUUGAUUACAUAAAGUGGCCUGUACUCUGGUCUCAUAUCCUUCCCUGAUCAAUAUCUAGCUAAAUAAAUAUUGACUGAUCAAUAUCUAGCUAAAUAAAUAUUGACUGAUCUAUAUCUAGUUAAAUGAAUACAUGGUGAAAGAAUAUUUAGGAAUAACUCCUAACUAACGAAACAAGGAAAGGAUUCCUGUUUACUUCAUUGAGAUGCACCCCAUAACCGAAAGGUUGCAAGAUGAAUCCCAGAGUUGACAAGGUAAAAGUCAUUGCCCCUGAACAAGGCAGUUAACCCGCUGUUCCUAGGCCGUCAUUGAAAAUAAGUAUUUGUUCUUAAUAACUGACUUGCCUCGUUAAAUAAAGGUUAAAUAAAACAUACCUGCUACCCAGUUUUGAUGGUAAAGUCUAAUUGGUCCGAAUGCUGACAGAUUAAACCAAUCAGUAUUAGUUGUAGGCGGGAUAUUGGACCUCUGUGCAAAAUAGGCUGAUACGGGGUCAUAGUGGAUAGUGAUGUGGGUUAGUGGGGGAAACCCAGAUGGGAAGAGUGAGCAAUGUGUUGAGGUACAGAUUGUGAAAGCAUGUCCUGUUAUAUUGCAGGCGGUAUACUGAGGAUAGGAGGACAUUUUUCUGGGAGAUGGCUGAGUUGGUUGUCACCACAUUUUCGCAUGUAACAAUUAUGGUCUCAAAUGACAGGCAUAACGAAAUAGCAAGGAAAUUGUUGUGGUUUCUAUCCUCCGGCCUGCAACUAGGAUUGUGAAGUUAUUAGCUAUUUAAAUGUGUAAUUCGCACUCCGACCUGAGAAAGGCAGCGAAACGCAGUGCUGCAUCGAGCCUGCCGGAAACGGACAAGAACAAUACGAGCUAGGCGGGGUUUAUCAACUUGGAGGGAACUUCAACACAAUAAACCGACAAAGGAAAUGCAAGAUGAAAUGUCUAUUUGUGUUUAUCAAAAUUGCAAUACAUAAAUAAAUAGACGAAGCCGAUCAAUCUCAAUUAAAUUGCUUAUAGUUCGGUAGUAAAGGUAAUGGCUUUGAUGACCAGACGACAUAUUACAAAAGUACGCUAGUCAUGCAGCAUCGAAGCAAGACAAGUCUGGCAACACAGCUGUGCAAAGCUGUGAAUGAUGGAGAACCAAGAACCGUGCAGAUUCUUCUCGCCCAAGGAGCAAAUCCCAAUCUAGUCGGAAGCAAAGGUGUUGCUGCCUUGCAUUUGGCAGUUGGCAAAGAGACUGAGAAAAGUAUACGUUGCCUAAAGUUAAUUCUACAACAUGGGGCAGACCCAAACGUCAGGUCUUCGGAUGGCUUGACACCCCUGCACAUAACAGCAUUAUGGGGUUGCUAUCAGAAUCUCAAACUGCUAUUAAAGAAUGGAGGGAACGCAAACUUAAAGGAUCAGGAAGGGAACAAACCAGGUGAUCUGGCACAACAACAGGACAACAGCAGAUGUGCCCACCUCCUUCAGGAGUACCAGUCUCAAUCCUUGGACACAGAGGAGGAAGAUCUGCCUCAAUUCCAAUACUCUGUUUACAAUGGCCAAGGUGACGCGUCAAGCUACACUGACUCCGAAGACUGCAGCGUUAUCUCUCACAGCAUGUCCUUGCUGAGUGACUUUGGGGAGGGCCCACUGAGUAGCACGCGUCAGACCUCAUUCUUUGAAUUGUCUGCUAUUAGUAACAGGCACAGUUGGAGAGGAGGAUCCCAUUCAGGGGCGUCUGAUUAUAAAUCUAACCCUGAGGUGCGCCACACCAAUGAGUGGGAAAUGGACUCUGACUGGGAGCCUCCGUCAAUGUUAUCCAGCACUCGUAUGUCCGUCGCAGGUCCUAGAGCCGCACUUCCUGUACUUCAAGAGGACGUACCACUCACUGACUGCAGUGCGCUGCAUCCGCCCGCAACCGGGAACAGACUCUCUCCUUCUCAGUUGGACCUCCUCCCUCCUUGCUUUUCACGACGCACGAGCCGCAAGAGUGUGAGCUUCAGAGAGGAAGUGGACGAAUACUUCCCUGUUUUUAGUUCAAAAUCUCUGAGGCAGGAGCCAGGGGGUCAGGGUAUUGCCUACUCUAAAGACUGUACUCUCGACUUCUCGGAAUACUCUGAGUUCCUGGAUCCAGAGCGCACGGCCACCGUCCUACAUCACCAGGGGAUCGACGUCACGUCCCCUGAACAUGUGUUUGUAUUCUCCAAGGAUAAUAAUGAGUGCACUGAGAUUGACAUGGAAAAAACUGUUGUUGGACACUUCCCAUUUGAGGAAGAGAACGGAGAAGUCAUUGAGAACCAGGUAGAAGAAGUGAAGGUCCCUGAACGAGCAUUAUGUGGCUCUGCUAGCGGCAGCAGUAGCAGCGGAACUAGUAGGUACAGCAGCUGUGAUAGUGACCAUUACAUUACAACCCUGGAGGCGUCCCCCAGGUGGGUCUCACCCUCUGAAGAGGAGCGUAAAGUGAAAAGCAGAGGUGUCGAAGAUGACAAACACACACAAAAUCCAAUGAACACUAACAAUGUAGAUACUGAUGAAACUCCCAAUAGCUCAAAGAGGUCAAAACCAGCCAUGGAAGAACUACCAGGCAUGGUACAUAACCUUACAUUGACUGACAAAAUAUCUCCAACCAAAGGUCCAGGUUGUGAAGAGAUAUAUCCAGAUGCUGUCUCAGCGGGUAAUGGUGAAGAGUUGUCAACAAGACCGACUGAAUGCACUCCCAGACCGACUGAAUGCACUCCCAGACCAACUGAAUGCACUCCCAGACCUGGUUCUACUCCAGCAUUGGAGGAGGACCUGCCUCUGACCCCAAGUCCCUUUGUCACUGGUAGGACGCACUCGCGGCUGAGUCGCUGCUCGGUAAUUAGCAGCAAGACCCCCGAGAGCCUCCUCUCCACCUCCUCGCUGUUUGAGCAGACCUUGCCUACGCCAACACGCACACGCCGCCAAAACAUCAAGUCGCAAGGCAGCGACAACGUCUUUUACGACACGCCAUGCGGUCGUAGUCGCACCCCAGUCAUUUCUGGAAACAGGACAGGUAGUACUUCUGGGGACUCAUUUGUCAUCUAUGAGAGCCAAGAGCCUCAAUAUAGCACUCUCAGAGAUCAAGGGUCAUAUGUCAGUGCCAGCCAAGCAGACACCCUCAUCAUCGCUAAGGACGACAGAGGUCAGGGUUCUUGUGUUAGUGCCAGCCAAGCGGACACCCUCAUCAUCGCCAAGGACGACAGAGGUCAGGGUUCUUGUGUUAGUGCCAGCCAAGCGGACACCCUCAUCAUCGCCAAGGACGACAGAGGUCAGGGUUCUUGUGUUAGUGCCAGCCAAGCGGACACCCUCAUCAUCGCCAAGGACGACAGAGGUCAGGGUUCUUGUAUCAGUGCCAGCCAAGCGGACACCCUCGUCUCUAGAACCAUGGCUGACACAGUCAUCAGAACUCCAAGUUUAACUGACAAAUUCUCUCUACUGGAUCGUUACUUUUUAAAAAAUCCUCACAGAGAGCCUUUACCCACUUAUCUGAGAAAAGACCUUCUUGAAGGUGGAGAAUUUCUAACCGACGAUUUGUCCAGCUCCAGUGAUGCAGUGACCAAGGAGGGGACAGUUGGUGGCUUUGGGCCAAGAGUGGAGGAAUCCUGGACCACAGAGGAGGCCGACUCAAGUUCAUCUUUGUCAAGUUCCCAGACUCCAUCUUCAUCCAGCUCCAGUUACUUCUCUCCAAAAAGAGAUCAGCCCCCGUCGACCCCAGGCACUACCCCGCGCUACAGCAUGAGUCGACUCUCCCGCUUCCACAAGCCCCAGCGGCUGGCCAGCCUCUCCUACACCCCAGGCGGACGUCCUCUAAUACCAGACCUGGAGGAACCGGUGGAGUACCUCUACACGGACACGGAGCAGGGUCACGAACUGAUCGAGACACACGUCCCACCUGCGGCCAACACCUCACUCAGCUCCAGCAUGAGCACGUCCAGCAGCGAGGACACAGUGCUGUACGACUGGCGCUCCCUGCAGGGCAGUGGAGGAACGGUGGCCAAAGGGAAGGAGAACCAGGAGCCCGUGGUGGCUCAGGAGUGGUCAGAGACCAAAUGCCUGACGGACAAGGAGCUGAGACGCAGGCUUGUGGAGAUGGGAGAGAGUCCGGGACCCAUAAGUAACCGCACCCGGCCAGUGUACAUGCAGAGGCUAAGGCGGCUGUUGCUCGAGCCGGCCGCUCAACAACAACUGCCGGACCAACCCCAAGGUCCUGCGCAGGGAUACAGUCCAGAGCUGUGUGUAGCCCUGCGGACGUUUGUGCUGCCCGACUGCCAGGACGACGAGCUGGCGCUGUGCCAGCAGUUCGACCAACCAGAUCAGAACAGGAAGUGGCGGGAAGGCGUCAUCAAGUCCAGCUUCAACUACCUGCUACUGGACCCCAGAGUAACAAAGAACCUACCGUAUCGGAGUCAUUCCAUGAGCCCUAUGGAUUGUUUCCAGACCUUCAUCAGUGCUAUAUUCUACGUGGGAAAGGGCAAGCGCUCCCGACCCUACAGUCAUCUGUACGAGGCUCUAGAUUACCACCGAGGAGAUAAGACUUCUAAGAAACUGUGCUCCAAAGUGCAGCACAUCCUCCAGGUUUGGAAAGCCGAGCAGGGGGUGAUCUCUCUGCACUGCUUCCAGAACGUCAUCCCUGUGGAGGCCUACACGCGUGAGGCCGUCAUGGUGGACGCCAUUGGGUUGAAGAUGCUGACCAACCAGAAGCGAGGAGAUUACUACGGUGUGGUGUCCAUGUGGCAGUUGAAGAGGAAGAGGGAGCUGGGGGUGCACCUGCUCUACAGGGCCAUGCAGAUCUUCCUGGCUGAGGGAGAGAGGCAGCUCAGACCUCCUGAUAUCAGGGUGGGACAGUAGUGACCCCCAGUGGGUAGAGUUGGGUACUGCACCAACAGAAAAUGAAAGUGUUUAUUGAACAAGGUGUUGACUAGUUUGCUCCAUUCAGACAAAACUUGGGCUUAAAGGUCCAAUGCAGCUGUUUUUUUUUAUCUCAAUGUCAAAUCAUUUCUGAGUAACAAUUAAGUACCUUUAUUGUGAUUUGGUUUUCAAUUAAAAUGAUUAAAAAGGAACAAAAAUAGCUUCUUAGACAAAGCAAUUUCUCAAGCAAGAAUUUUGAUAGGACUGUCUAGGAGUGGUCUGAGUGGGGACAUUUGAAAAUGUACUAAUUUACAGCCUGUUAAUGUUACCAGGCAGGCCAAAACUCCAUCCCACCAAAACAGGCUGACAUUUCAGGCGGUCGUUUCAAACAGCUCUUACACUAAAAGAGCAUUAUCAUAAUUUUCACAAUAUUAUUUCAAGCUCAUAGUGUGGGAAUUUAAUAAAACACAGGAAAAACCACAUUUUUGGCUGUACUGGGCCUUUUAAAGUGUAAAUGUUUUACUUAUUGAUGUAGAAGAGAUUGGCUUGUUGGAACACGGGACCAAGAUAUAGGUUAUUUUUCUAUACAUUUUUGUGACCAUGUCAUACCUAGGCUCCUCAACCAGAUUCACCUUGGAGCUCUAAUGGUUGUCAUUUCACCUUUCUGUCAGUUCUCCCAUCUCCUUGCCUCCUCUAAUCCCAUCUCCUUGCCUCCUCUAGUCCCAUCUCCUUGCCUCCUCUAAUCCCAUCUCCUCGCCUCCUCCUCUAAUCCCAUCUCCUCGCCUCCUUCUCUAAUCCCAUCUCCUCGCCUCCUUCUCUAAUCCCAUCUCCUCGCCUCCUCUAGUCCCAUCUCCUCGCCUCCUUCUCUAAUCCCAUCUCCUCGCCUCCUUCUCUAAUCCCAUCUCCUCGCCUCCUUCUCUAAUCCCAUCUCUGCGCCUCCUCCUCCUCCUCUAAUCCCAUCUCCGCGCCUCCACCUCUAAUCCCAUCUCCUCGCCUCCUCCUCUAAUCCCAUCUCCUCGCCUCCUCCUCUAAUCCCAUCUCCUCGCCUCCUUCUCCAAUACGUUUUUAGAAUGAGCCGAGGAGAGACAAUGUGAGGAAAGAUGAAUUGAGAAAGAGACAGAAUGAGUCAUUGGAAGAAAGACUGAUAAGGAAAGCUUGUCCACUUACCUUAGCAUCAGUUAAAUAUGUACGUCCAUUAAAUAUGAUGCAAAUAGAUGUAUUUCUUUAGCAGAAAACCAUUAGGCUUGUAUUGUUAGUAGUUUGAUGAUUUUGUAUGUGAUUGUAGAUAGUCUACCACCAGAAUGAAAGCUCUACAAAGGAAAAAGUAUUUUGUUAAAAAUAUUAAAAAAACAUUGUCAAAACCAAUGUAGGUCUAUGGUCAAAACAUUGGGUGGAAGCAAAUCCCAUUCACACACAUUUUGAGGAAUGAAGUGUUACUUACUGUUUCUGUUUUGUCAGAUAUAUGAAUUAUUUGUUUGGCGAUUCAUUCAGCAGGAUUUCAUUGUUUUGUUUUUUUACCUCGGUCAAAUCAAUUACAGAAACUCGAUUUGAACUAUUUCACUUUACCAGGUGAUAUGAUAAAUGCAUAGUUAAAAUGAAGUUUCCAAACAAAUGUCAAUCAUUUAAUAUAAUAACAAUUAAAAGAAAAUGCCACCCGAAACUAUUUUUGGUGUGUUUUUCAUUAGUCCGUUGUUGAUUUACAGAAAUACAGCUGGUAUGAUGCAUUUUACAUCUUAUGAUGCGUUUUGCAGCAUACAGUAUGAUGCUAAAUGCAUAAUACCGGCUGUAUUUCUAUAUUUUGAAAGUUAUAUUUUAAACUUGAUUGCUGACAUGCAAAACAUUUUGGGACUAAAUCAACAAUAGACUAAUGAAAGAAAUACCAAAAUAUUUUUGGGGUGGAGUUUCCCUUUUAAGUACCUUACUGUCAUUGCUUUAAAUUAAAAUGGUAAAAAAAAUAGCUUCCUCGCAAAGCAAGGAUUUGAAUUGGGCUGUCUAGGGAGAGGAAUACUGAGAAUGAACUGUUGGCAGAGCGGUUUACAACUCUUUCUUAUUGAUCUAUUACCAGAUUUACUGCCUGGUGAUGUCACCGUGGAAGACAAACUCCUUCCCACCACAUCAGGCUGUCAUUUCAAACAGCUCUAAUACUAAAAGGGCAUUGUCAUAAUAUUAUUUCAAGCUCAUAGUGUGGGAAUUUAAUAAAACACAGGAAAAACCA